AUGGUACAUCUACAGACAUGCUUUUCCUGCUUAUCACCUUUCUGCAUUAUCGGCACAAAUAUUAUUCUAACGUCUAGAUUAAAGUUAUGCAGCCCACAUAUUGCCAGACUGUUCUGUGUGAAUUGGAUUAUUGUUAAACUUGCGUGUUUCCCAGCUGACACUUUGGUUAACAACAUAGUUGCAUACAUUACGAUACUCAUUUACGUAUUUCAUGGUUUAUUUAUCGUCUGGUCUUACAUGUAUCUCAUCAAAACAUGUGUGCAUUCUAAAGAAAACAGAGCUAAAUUCAUGCAGACAUGUGUGCCACAUUUAAUCUCCUUAAUCACUUUUCUUGUGGCUAUCCUUUUAGACAUUAUGAAUAUACGAUAUGGUUCCAAGGAUUUACCUCGAACCUUUCAAAACGUUAUUGCAAUAGAAUUUCUUCUCAUACCUCCAAUCGUAAAUCCUCUCAUUUAUGGUUUUAAAUUGACUAAAAUUAGAAAAAGAGUUAUUGGUGCUAUUACUUUUAAAGUUAAAUGA